AGUGCCAGAAGUGGUCCUCGAAGUUCACAAUAAAAAUUUGCAAGUAAAAUUACUCUCUUUUGAAAUUUGAAAACACAUUUUGUGCUUUUCUUCCGGAAAUGAAGGCAGGCUAUCAAGUCAUUCAUGCAUACACAGCAAACUAUAUACCCCGGCGCGUUUCUUGUCAAAAGCACAUUCAAUGUGCAAGGUAUGUGAACCCAUACAGACGGUCUUAUCCGCGCUCAAGGAAGUUGAAAAUGGACAACGAUAGCUGUGAAUCACCUGCACCAGAAAACUUCACGGUGCCGAUCGUGGGCUACGAAAUCGUCGAAAAGCGACAGCGAUUCACGGUGUAUAAAAUUCAUGUACAGAGACAAGCAAGGAGCUGGUUUAUUUUCCGAAGAUAUUCAGACUUCGAAAGACUUAGGGAAAGGUUGAUGACAUCAUUUCCAAGAAUCAAGCUUCACCUCCCACCCAAAAGGCGACUUGGAGACAAUUUCAAUCCAGAAUUUAUUGCCAGACGUGCUCAAGGCUUGCAGAAUUUUAUCAGGACUAUUCUUCAGCACAGAAAUUUACGAAUGAGCCGUGAAACCCGUGAAUUCUUCUGCCUUGAUGAGCCACCAGGUCCCUUUGACAGCCUCGAAGAAAGCAGGGCAUAUGUACAAUUUCUUGAAGAACAAAUGGAAAAUACAAAGUCAGUUGUCAUGGAACUCAACAGCCAAUUAGAAGCCACCAAAUCUCAGCUCAGCGAGGCUCGCGCGCAGAUAAAAAGCCUGGAAUGGAGUUUGCGUCAUCGCCCCUUUUCCGACCCAGGUCAUUCCACUCCCGCGGCCAACUGCGGCGAGUUACGCCAUACCCUGGACACGCAACUCUCGGACAUAUCCGACCCUUGCUCCUCGUCUAAGACUAGGAAAAACGUCAGUUUUGCACAGACGAAAUCCUUCAGCGAGGGAAACUUGCUGCAGCUAAAACGUCAAAGACAGACGAACUUUCCCACGUUGAAAGACGGAAGUGGCUUUCGACACAGCAUCACAUUCGGCGAGGAUUCCUUUCUUUACAAUGGAUUUCUUGAUCUUGAAUUUCACUCGAACGUAACUCGAAAGAUGAAAGAACGAAAACGCAAAGCUCGUGGGAAGAAGCAGAGACACGAAGCCUCCACUCACGAAAUUGAAAAUGUUGAUAAACUAUCGAGAACUCGCAAGAGGGCAGAACAUAAACGAGAGAAAAGAGAUAGUGGAAUUAUUGGAGAUGGUUGCACAGAUUCUGACUGAUUAGGGAUUUUUAUUAAUUAAUGAUUGGUUUUUCAUCUCAGAUUCAAUUCAUUAAGCGGGAGAAUAUUGAACCACAAAUAUGGCCUGUUAAUUUACAUUAAUUCCUAUUUAAAACCCACCGUACUACCAA